AUGACUAGUAACACUGAGGAGAUGACAGUGGAAGAGCAACAAAUGCAACAGAUGCACGACCAGCGAAUGUACCAGAGACAACAGCAACAACAGCAAAUGGACCAGGAGGGUUCAUCAGAUCAGUACGCGCAUGACUUCUCCUCCCCCAAAAAUCAAUUCAGAAAG